AUGUCACCCGCGCCGCCGGACUCGCCGACCGCGCCCGCUCCUGCGCCCACCCUGCCGCCGCAACCCUCGCAACCUCCACCCACCACCAACAGCCACAAGACGCGAUCAAUCGUGGUGUCCCUGACGCCCGAUCGUCAGCGAGAGACUUGGGCAAAGAAAGCGGAAUUUCUUCUUGCGGUAGUGGGAUUCGCUGUCGACCUCGGUAAUGUGUGGCGCUUCCCUUAUAUCUGCUAUCAAAACGGCGGAGGUGCAUUCCUCAUACCGUACUGCAUAAUGUUGCUGUUCGGGGGCCUACCGCUCUUCUUUAUGGAGUUGGCGCUAGGACAAUACCAUCGUUGUGGGUGCUUGACGCUGUGGAAGAGAAUAUGUCCAGCUUUAAAGGGAGUUGGCUACGCAAUAUGCAUGAUCGACAUCUACAUGGGUAUGUACUACAACACUAUCAUCGGCUGGGCGGUGUACUACCUGGUAGCGUCGCUGGCGUCCAUAAACUCCGUACUACCCUGGACCAGUUGUGACAAUGAAUGGAACACACCCCUUUGCAUGCCGGUCACGUCUCCGCAGAUCAACCCUAACGCUUCUACACCUGCCAAAGAAUUCUUCGAGCGGAACGUUCUGGAACAACACAAAUCACAUGGCUUGGACGACAUGGGCCCCAUCAAGCCAUCUCUCGCUCUCUGCGUCUUCGGCGUUUUCGUGCUGGUGUACUUCUCGCUGUGGAAGGGUGUUCGAAGUGCUGGCAAGGUGGUGUGGGUGACAGCGUUGGCGCCGUAUGUAGUUCUGUUGAUUCUGCUUGCAAGAGGAGUGACCCUACCUGGUGCUACUGAAGGAAUUCGAUACUAUCUAACACCGGAAUGGCACAAACUACAGAACUCUAAGGUAUGGAUUGACGCGGCGUCCCAAAUCUUCUUCUCCCUGGGCCCAGGCUUCGGCACACUGUUGGCUCUGUCCAGCUACAACAAAUUCAACAACAAUUGCUAUCGCGACGCGCUAAUCACAUCUUCAAUCAACUGCCUCACUAGCUUUCUCGCCGGAUUCGUCAUCUUCUCCGUUUUAGGAUAUAUGGCACAUGUUCAAAACAAAAGUAUCGAGGAGGUAGGUCUGGAGGGCCCUGGUCUGGUAUUCAUCGUGUACCCGGAGGCCAUCGCUACUAUGACCGGUUCUGUUUUCUGGGCUAUCAUAUUCUUCCUCAUGCUGAUAACUCUCGGACUUGAUAGCACGUUUGGUGGCCUAGAAGCUGUGACUACUGCUCUAUGUGACGAGUACCCGCGGGUUCUUGGACGACAUCGAGAAAUGUUUGUAGCGGUUCUGUUGCUCUUCAUCUACAUCUGUGCCCUACCGACUACCACUUACGGCGGCGUGUAUUUAGUGGAUCUGCUGAACGUGUAUGGUCCGGGGCUGGCGAUUCUGUUCGUGGUAUUCGCGGAGGCGGCGGGCGUGUGCUGGGUGUACGGGGUUGACAAGUUCUCAGAAGACGUGCGAAGCAUGCUCGGACACACGCCUGGUUGGUUCUGGAGAGCCUGCUGGUCUUAUAUCAGUCCCGUGUUCCUGCUCGUGCUGUUCGUGUUCUCCGUGCUGGCGCACGAGGAGAUGCUGGGCGGCGAGUACGUGUUCCCGCGCUGGUCCAUCCGCGUGGGCUGGCUCAUGACCGGCACCACCGUCGCCUGCAUCCCGCUCUACAUCGUCUACAAGUUCCUCAUCACCCCGGGCAAUUGUGUCAAUCGAAUAAAGGCUAUCACCCGUCCGGAAGUGACGUCCAUACCACCGGCCGACCACGCGCUAUGCAGUCUGUGACCUACCCACCUCACCUACAGCUAUCAAACAGCCUCCACGCUAGAAAACAAACCACCAAAUAUUGAAUGGCUCGUUUGAACCAUACCAAUCAUCGUAUUACUUAAGAAAGCUUCGAAGAAUCUCUACAUUUAAUGAUCAGCUCUACACUAAUUUUUAAAU